AUGGCAUCCGUCAUCCGGCCUACACUGCUUCGCCAGGCUUUCGUCGCCCCGAGCAGGCGCGUGCUCUCCACCUCCUCCGUCGCAUCCUCCGCCUUCAGAUCAUCCACCCUCUCCAGCCGACGGCCGCUACAGUCCGCCUUUGCACAAGACACUCUGCCCAAGCCGGCGAGGAUUGCGGCAUUCCAUGGGACCGGCAGUCGAAUGAUCCUUCCGCCACUGCCCCAACGCAUCCAGGGAACCGUCAAUGACCCUGCCUCCGUUCCUGACCCGACGCCCGCCCACGGCAGCUACCACUGGACAUUCGAGAGAAUUGUGGCGGCCGGCCUCGUUCCUCUAACGAUUGCGCCGUUCGCCGCUGGCUCGCUGAACCCGCUUAUGGAUGCUACGUUCUGCGCCCUCAUCUUGAUCCACUCUCACAUCGGCUUUGAGUCGGUCAUCAUCGACUACGUUCCCACCCAUCGUAUGCCCGGCGUGCGUAAACUGUUCAUGUGGGGUUUGAAAUUGGCAACGUUGCUUGUGGGUGUCGGUUUGUACGAGUUUGAGACCAACGAUGUUGGUGUCACGGAGGCGGUCAGGAGGAUUUGGAAGGCAUAG